ACUGUAACAGAGUAAAUGUGACCGUAUCUAGCCCCUGAAUAUCCUGGCCUGGGUGAUGUGGGUGAGGACUUUCGUAUGAGCUGACAGAAGUGUGCAUUUAUUUUCUCUGUAAGAAAGGUCUUCGGGUAAGAUGAUCUAGAAUGGUGCGAAGCAGGAUGGGGAGUUUAAAAUUAUUUCCAAUAUGGGAAUAUAAAUGGAGAUGUAAGAUUUUAAUAUACAAAACUUACUCUGUAUAAUUUCCAAGUUUCUUCUUUUUUUAUUCAAACCCUCUGAAAUAUGAAUGUCUGUAACUUAGUUUAUAGAAUUUUAUGUGAUUUUUUUUUACUUAAAUAUUAUACUGACCUCACAUCUGAUAGUGAAAACAGAUUUUAGAAUAUGAAAAGAUACAGAGCCUUAGAGGUUGUAUUUUCAAUUUCCUUUGAAGUAACAUAUGUUUACAACACAAUUUAAUUUUUACCCUAAUCUGUGUCAUUGUUGGCAUAUCUCUGUAUUCAUGUAAGUGUCACACGUGUUUGCAAAGGAAAAGUUUGAGUAAGAAAAAGCUCUGGGAUCUAUCUCAUUCAGUAUCUAUUUGCAUAUCUAUACGAUACUGUUUAGACACUGGAGAUACAACACUGAACAUAGCACAGAAUGCUUCGUGACAUCUCCUAGAGCUGUUGUCAAGAAAUGCUUUCAUAACACAACUUGGAUGUCUCUAAAAUAGAAAAAAAAGUAUAUGAAAAAUAAGAAAAUUAAUUAAUAAAUUUUAAAAAAAAGAAAAGAAAAAGUACUGUAGUCAUCUAGGAGAGUUUUACUUACAGGGAAGUGAGAUAUAAAUUUACAAGCGAAGACAGGGAUUGUUGUUUGGCUUUUGUCUCUUGUAUUCACUCCUAUAUCCCCAGAUCCCAAAAUAGUGAUUGGCUUAUUAUAAGAAUUCAGUAAAUAUAUGUUAUUGAUUGAAGUGUUUAUUGUUUUGAAUUUGUAUAAUCAUAGACAUCUACUUGGGUAAAUUAUUUUCAUAUCUAGCUAGUUGAAAAUUUUUGUAUAUCAGUUGCUUUAUUUUUAAUGUUACCUACUUUUUGUUUCUACUUGUACCACACUUUAGGAUAUUGGAAAAGCUUAUUAAUAUUGAUAAUUAGUCAUAUGGUUAUCUGAUAUUGCAAAUAAUAGAUUUGGAAAGGAACUUAAGAGGCCAUCUUUUGUUCAGCUGGCUGCCUAGGAAAACUUGAGUAAGAUGAUUAGGUAUAUAUAUUUAAUUAAUCAUUUAAAAAACUAGGACAGCAUAAUUGGGUUCCCUCUUGAGAAAAUGGAGAAAGGUACUUAAUUAACCCUAGAUGUAUAAAGGGACUAACCUGAAAAAUUUAGAACUUCUGUGUGAGAAAGUGAAACAAAAAUAGAGCACAACUAAGCUGCUCUUUGUUGAUAUCAGAAAUGGGCCUGUCAUUCAUUUUGGCAUUGAAGCAUAGCCUCCUAUCUCAGGGGGCAGGACCAGGACAUUUUUUCCCUCCCACAAGAGCUGGACAGUUAUUACAGGUUCAAAAAGCCCCGACCAGUUUUUCAAGAGUUUCUCCUCCUUUCCCCCCCCUGAAACUCAUGCUGCUUUUGCUCUGCUUGCAAGAUGCCUUAAGGUCUCCUGCUUUGUGACUGCUUUGGAACCAGCAAAUACCCUGACAUGUAUAAUUCGAAUUAUACAGGUUACAUGCGUAACAUUUCAUUUGUUGCAUUUCCAGUUUCCAGCACCAACUCACCAACAAAGAUUUUACCAAAAACCUUAGGACCAAUAAAUGUGAAUGUUGGACCCCAAAUGAUUAUAAGCACACCACAGAGACUAACCAGUUCAGGAAGUGUUCUGAUUGGGAGUCCGUAUACCCCUGCACCAGCAAUGGUUACUCAGACACACAUAGCAGAAGCUACUGGCUGGGUCCCCGGUGAUAGAAAACGGGCUAGAGAAUUUAUAGACUCUGAUUUUUCAGAAAGUAAACGAAGCAAAAAAGGAGAUAAAAAUGGAAAAGGUUUGAGACAUUUUUCAAUGAAAGUGUGUGAGAAAGUUCAGCGAAAAGGUACAACAUCAUAUAAUGAAGUAGCUGAUGAGCUGGUAUCAGAAUUCACCAAUUCAAAUAAUCAUUUGGCUGCUGAUUCGGCUUAUGAUCAGAAGAACAUUAGGCGAAGAGUUUAUGAUGCUUUAAAUGUGCUAAUGGCAAUGAACAUAAUUUCAAAGGAAAAAAAAGAAAUCAAGUGGAUUGGCCUACCUACCAACUCUGCUCAGGAAUGUCAAAACCUGGAGAUAGAGAAGCAGAGGCGGAUAGAACGGAUAAAGCAGAAGCGGGCCCAGCUGCAAGAACUUCUCGUGCAGCAAAUCGCUUUCAAAAACCUGGUACAGAGAAAUCGACAAAAUGAACAGCAGAAUCAGGGUCCUCCAGCUCUGAACUCUACCAUUCAGCUGCCGUUUAUAAUCAUCAAUACAAGCAGAAAAACAGUCAUAGAUUGCAGCAUCUCCAGUGACAAGUUUGAAUAUCUUUUUAAUUUUGACAACGCUUUUGAGAUCCAUGACGACAUAGAAGUACUAAAGCGGAUGGGAAUGUCCUUUGGCCUGGAGUCCGGCAAGUGUUCUCUGGAGGAUCUGAAACUUGCUAAAUCCCUGGUGCCAAAGGCUUUAGAAGGUUAUAUCACAGAUAUCUCCACAGGACCUUCUUGGUUAAAUCAGGGACUACUUGUGAACUCUACCCAAUCAGUUUCAAAUUUAGACCUGACCACUGGUGCCACCUUACCCCAAUCAAGUGUAAACCAAGGGUUAUGCUUGGAUGCUGAAGUGGCCUUAGCAACUGGGCAGUUCCUGGCCCCAAACAGUCACCAGUCCAGCAGUGCCGCCUCUCACUGCUCUGAGUCCCGAGGUGAGACCCCCUGUUCAUUCAACGAUGAAGACGAGGAAGAUGACGAGGAGGAUUCCUCCUCCCCAGAAUAAAGACAGGAGAAAGCCUACGUUUUAA